AUGUCUGAGCAGAAAAGUGACUUAGAUAGCAAACAAAUGCCGGAGAGUAACAGGAAACAAAUAGCGCCUGCCUAUGCGAAGGUCAAUGGCGGCACAGCCAUUCCCCUGCCGGCCACGGUCAUGGUGCAGCGGCGUUGUCCGCCGGAUAAGGUGCGACCACUGCCACCGACGCCGAACCAUGCUCCAACGAUUCCCGGUCUGGGCAAAAGCGGCAGUGAUUUCAACUCCAGCCGUCCGAAUAGUCCGCCCACCAGCAAUCACACCAUUCAGAGUCUGAAGAGUGGCAAUAAUAACAGCUUGCGUCCACCCACCGUUAAGAGCAAUCACCAAAGCGGCAUACCCUCGCCCAGCAGUCUCACUGCACCGCACCAUGCCAUCCCUCAACAGGCUCCACAGAAACACUCGAUGCUGGACAAGCUCAAGCUCUUUAAUAAGGAGAAGCAACAGAAUGCAGCGAAUGCGGCGGCAGCGGUCAACAAAACUCAAAUACAAUCGAAAAGAACUUCCUCCUCGUCGGGUUUCAGUUCGGCGCGCUCCGAACGUUCAGACUCCAGCCUCAGUCUAAACGAUGGCAACAACUCACAGAUCAAGCCGCCCAGCAUUAGUGUGAGUGUCAAUAAGGCGCUGCAGAAGCACAAUACCAAGCAGUCGAAGCUGCUGGCCGCCCAACAAAAGAAGGAACAGUCCAAGGCCAGCAAGCUGGACAAGAAAGAGAAGAGUCCGGCGCGUUCCCUGCACAAGGAAGAGCUUCAACAGUCGGGGAAUGAGUCUCGCAGCUCCACAAUGGGUCGCACAGCCAAAAAUUCACUGCCUCGAGGCAUUGCUGCCGAAAAGAACACUGCCAAAACAUCGUCCAAAUCAUCUUUGCACUCCAAGUCCGAUUCAAAGAGCUCCCUGAAUGUGCCCAGCAACCAGAUCAAGGCCGUGCAGAGUCCCAGCGGCACGGGCCUACCCAAACCCAUAGCGGCUAUCAAAGGCACCAGUAAACUGCCACAGCCGGGUGACAGCAACAAAAGCUUGCGCCUAAGCGGCUCCACCUCUCAGCACGAGCUAAUGCUGCUGAAGCGCGAGCCCAGCGACAUAUCAAGUCAGGGGACGCAAACCAAUAACAUAUCCGCGGAACAAUCGACUGUCCCAACCUCAACCAGCAACAAUACCUCUCCACAUAUCCUGAAAGCGAUGCCGCCACCAUCGCCUCCUUACUACGCCAACAGCUUACCUCCAACCUUGUCGCACAUAUCACAUGCUGGCGGUUAUUUAUCGGAGCCCAGCACUCCCCAACACAGCACCUAUGGCGGCAGCCGCCUACCCCCUCCAAAGUCUGCGCUAAGCGCUCCGCGAAAGCUCGAAUACAAUGCGGGUCCGCAUAUUUUGGCCUCGCCAGGUGCUCGUUCGCCACUCCAGCGGACCCCCAACUCGGCACCCAAUACGCCCACCGCUUCGCCCAGCAAAUUCCAUACGAUACCCUCGAAAAUCGUGGGCACCAUUUACGAGUCCAAAGAGGAGCAAUUGCCCCCAUCUGCGGGGGACGAAGGUCGUUUGGGCGUCUUGCCCAUGCGUCCGCUCCUGCGCGGCUACAAUUCGCACGUGACAUUGCCCACGCGCGGAGCACGCGGUGGCGCCCAACAGCAUCACCAGCCCUACAUGGCUGACUUCUGCGAAACCGAGUUGGGUCAGGGCUAUUGCAGCGAUGGCGAUGCCCUGCGCGUGGGAAACUCCGCAAACGCCGGUCGCUAUCACGACAUCGACAACGGCUAUCUGUCCGAAGGCAGCAGCGGAUUGGGAACGAACCAUUCCCAUGGCAAACACUUUCUCAGCAUGAUGCGCGCGCGCACGCAGCUCCCCACAACCAUUGAGGAACGGCGGUUGGCUGUUGGCGGUCGGGGCACAGUGGCAUAA